AUGAAGUUUGAGAAUGUUCUUGCUCAUAUUAAUGGAUUUGGAAGAUUUCAGAUAAUGAUCAUUGUGAUCAGCUUCAUCGGCCGCUUCACUCUGCCUUGCCACUUCAUGCUCAACAAUUUCAUAGCAGCUGUUCCCUCUCAUCACUGUGACAUCAGCUCUCUGGAUGACGGAGGUGUUUUUAUGAAUUUAUCCCAGGCAGAGAGGCUUGUUGUUAGUAUUCCAGUUCAGCAAGAUGGGACUCCAAGCUCCUGUCAGAUGUUUGAGGAGCCUCAAUAUCAGCUGCUGUUUAAGUCCUCCAACAUCACUGAUGCGCCAAGAGUGCCGUGCCGGAACGGAUGGGUUUACGAUAACACCACCUUCAAGUCUACUCUGACCUCAGAGUGGGACUUGGUGUGUACUAGAAGAGGGAAAAACAAAGCAACUGCUACCAUCUUCUUUGUCGGAGUCAUGUUUGGAGCAAUUUCCUUUGGAAGUCUAAGUGACAGGUAUGGUCGAAGGAUCAUGCUGCUGGUAUCAUAUGUGUCUGGAAUGCUGUUUGGUGUUGCAAGCGCCUUUUCUACAUCCUACAUGAUGUUUGCUGUGCUGAGGUUCUUCACUGGCUUCUGCAUCACAGGCAUCGUCAUUGUCUCAGCAGUUCUCAGUGUGGAGUGGGUGGACAUUGAACACCGGAAGAUUGUGGGAGUGACUGAUAGCUUAUCCUGGACAUUUGGAAACACAGUAUUCCCACUCAUUGCCUACUUUGUGAAUGAUUGGAGGAGGCUGAUUGUUAGUGUAACAUCACCUUUAAUCUUAGCCAUCUUCACUUGGAGGUGGAUGCCAGAGUCGGCUAGGUGGCUGAUUGCCAAUGGAAAGCUGGAGCAAGCUCAGAUCUAUUUGAAAAAAUGUGCCAGCAUGAAUCGUACAGAUGAGUCAAUCCAAACACUUAAAACAGAGUCGUUGUCCACCAUUGUUGUGACGGAGAAACGAGAUCGAACCUACUCCUACCUUGAUCUGAUACAAACACCUGAGAUGAGGAAACUGGCCCUGCGUACUGGUAUAUUAUGGUUUUGUAUCGCAACUACAUUUUAUGGCAUCAGCUUCAACAUCACGGGGUUUGGGCUCAACAUAUAUCUCACUCAGUUUAGUUAUGGUUUAAUUGAACUUCCUGCCAAAGUGUCAGUCUACUACUUACUGGAUAAGAUAGGCAGGCGGAGCACUGAGGUGGGAUCUAUGCUGCUGGCUGCCAUUUGUCUUGGAAUCAAUAUUGUGAUACCAAAAGAUAUGUCUGUUGCUACUACUGUGGUAGCAGUCAUUGGAAAAGGGUUUUCUGCAGCAUCCUUUGGAACAUUAGUGCUGUACAGCGCUGAGCUGUACCCGACUGUAAUAAGGCAGAAUGGUAUGGGCUACAACUCGUUCAUGGCUCGGUUUGGUGUAGCUGUGGCGCCUAUGAUCCUCUUACUGGAUGAGGUCUGGAAGGAACUGCCACAGGUGGUCUUGUGCUGUCUGGCAGUAUUUGGGGCGAUAGUGGCAAGCACGCUUCCAGAGACCCGCAACAGGUGCCUGCCAGAGACCAUAGAAGACAUUGAACAGAAGCGAUAG